UCAGCCAAAGAUCUAGCUACCCGGAAGAUGGAGGACGGGGCGCAGGGGAGGGGGAUGACGAGGCUCGGCGUGCUCAAGGUGGUGGUCGCCAGCGGGACCAACCUCGCCAUCAGGGACUUCACCUCCAGCGACCCCUACGUCGUCGUCCGCCUCGCAGACAAGCACGCAAAGACAAAAGUCAUCAACAGUUGCCUCAACCCGGUUUGGAACGAAGAGAUGGUCUUCUCCAUCGAGGAACCUGUAGGGAUCAUCAAAUUUGAGGUGUUCGACCGGGACCGGUUCAAAUCUGACGACAAGAUGGGCCAUGCCUUCCUCGACCUGCAGCCGGUGGCUGGGGCGGCGAAGCUGCGGCGCGCGCUCAAGCUCACGGCGGGGGAGACCAAGCUCCGGAAGGUGGCCCCCAGCGCCGACAACUGUCUGCUCUCCGACAGCUUCGUCACAUACGCCGACGGGGAGAUCGUGCUAGACUCCCGGCUGCGGCUGCGCGACGUCGAGUCUGGGGAGCUGUUUGUGAUCAUCAAGUGGAUCGAAGCUGACGCCAAAUGAUGCGGUUCUUGCAGAGUCAGGUAGAUGAUAUAACCAUGGUGUAUUGGUGUAGGGAGCUGUUGCAUGUGUGAGCGUGUACUUGUGACUGUCUGUCUGUCUGAUAUGUAUCUAAAGCUUUCAGGCAGCUCUUAACAGAACAAAUAGUGUAUGCAAUGUCAUUGAUGCUUUGUGGCUUUUUGGUUUUGUUCGGUAAUUAUGGGAAACCCCGGUGCUGUAAAUGUCAUUCCUCGCUCCUUUUCUUUUUGUCA